UUUCCAAUUUGUAGUGUAAAGAUAUUUUUGAAUAAAAUAAUGUAUAGUUUUAAAUUAUUUCUAUUCAUUUUAAUUUCGCCAAUUUUUAUACAAAAUAUUAUUGCGGAUAAAUCCGGUUUAGAUUGGACGAAGCCUAUUUUAGAAGUUGGUUUGUAUACCUAUUCCAAAGCAUUUAACGAUGUACUGGACAUGUCAAAGGAUGUCCAUGGUGUAACUGCAAAAGGCUUAAAUAAUAUGAUGGCCACAUUAACAGCUAUCCCAAUUGAUACGAAUGUAAUGCAUUAUAGAAAGGUUUUACCAAAUAAUCAAUUUAAAAAGAUUAUCAUGAAAACGAAAUCUAGCAAAAUACAUUUGCCGACUCGUAUUGUGAAAAACUCCAAUAUUUUAAAUACAAAUAUGUAUUUAUAAAAAUCCCUUGCGGAAAUAAGGUCUAGAAGAAAUUGACUGGAAUACUUAUUUAUUGUAAACUAAUAAAAUAUUUGAGAUAUUUAAAAAUAUUCAGAU